GCAACACUCGCAAUCUCCUCCAACUUGCGUUGCAUUUUCCGGAGUUUUUCUUCGGAAUUUUCAGUACAACAUUUUUUUUUUUGUGAAGUUAUAAUCCAUUCCCUCGCGGAUUGGCAAUAAAGCGAUUUUUUUAUUCAUUCAGAUUUUACCCAUGCCGAUUUUAUUCAUUUAACUCUCUCUAUCACGUUGGAGCUUCCAAUAACAGUGAUAAGAUUAUAAAUAAAUUCGAUAAAUUUUGACUCAAAACGUCACUGCAGUGAUCCCUGCACUGCACAUUUGUCGGUGCAGAGAAGUCAUUUCUGAUUCGACGAAAUGUUAAUUCGUAUUGCACUCGCAUUUCGUUUAAUCCUCGCGGUGCAAUCGGAAUUUCAUGGCAAUGUGUACGUCGUAGAGAUCGAUUCAAAAGUGCCCAGUGCAAAUUUCGGUCGUUUCCUCCCAACCUGGGAGAGCUUGGACGCGAGGGAGCUCCCCAAGUGGUACGACAAUGCCAAGAUUGGGAUUUUCAUUCACUGGGGAGUCUACAGUGUUCCCAGUUUUCACUCGGAAUGGUUCUGGAACCACUGGAAAACCGAAUUAGUCACCCGAGAACUGAGAGAUUUCAUGAAGAAGAAUUACAAGCCAGGUUUCUCGUAUCAGGACUUUGCGCGUGACUUCACUGCUGAAUUUUACGAUCCUAAUGAGUGGGCUAGAUUGUUCGAGGCCUCUGGGGCCAAGUACGUCGUUCUUACCAGUAAACAUCAUGAGGGGUACACCCUCUGGCCCUCCAAGUACUCCUUUAGCUGGAAUGCUAUGGAUGUUGGACCCCACAGGGACUUAGUUGGGGAAUUAGCGGAUGCUGUAAGAGCUAACACAACCCUCCGUUUUGGACUCUACCACUCCUUCUUCGAGUGGUAUAAUCCCCUGUACCUGGAGGAUAAACGCAAUAAUUUCACAACUGACAAGUUCAUGCAGGACAAAGUCAUACCAGAAAUGCAUGAAAUUGUCGAGAAGUACAAGCCCGAGGUGUUCUGGAGUGACGGAGAUGGAGGUACCUCGGAGGAGUACUGGAAAUCCAAGGAAUUCAUAGCUUAUCUGUAUAAUGAUAGUCCUGUUAAGGAUACAGUUGUUGUUAAUGACAGGUGGGGGACGGGAACUAAUUGCGAGCAUGGGGACUUUUACUCUUGUGCUGACAGGUUCAAUCCAGGGCAUCUUCUGCCACACAAAUGGGAGAAUGCAAUGACGAUUGAUAAGAAAUCAUGGGGAUUUCGUCGAAAUGCUGCUCUGGAGGAUUACAUGACCACUGAGGAGCUUCUAAAGCAGUUAAUGAGUACUGUCAGCUGCGGUGGUAACUUGUUGAUCAAUGUUGGACCCACGAAGGAUGGGAUCAUCGCGCCAAUAUUCCAAGAUCGUCUUUUAACCCUAGGUCGUUGGUUGAAGGUGAAUGGUGAGGCUAUCUACAAUACUUCACCCUGGACGACUCAAAAUGACACGGUAACAGGGGACACUUGGUACACAGCCAACGCAGACUCGAAAACACUUUAUGCAAUCGUCCUGACGUGGCCAGAGGACGAUACCCUGGAGCUUGGGGCUCUAGCCCGUGGUCGAUCAUUCAAUUUCGAAAUUCUGGGUCAUUCUGGACAGAUCGAAUGGCAAGAAGCGAAAGACAGAAUACUUGUGAAAUUGCCUGCAAUAGCUCACAGAGGACAGCCAGCGUGGACUCUCAAAAUCACAUGAAAUAGAUCAUAAAAUGUACUAUUCAAUAAUCAGGUCAUGGAAAACGAAAUUAUAAAUUUA